AUGGGUGAUUGGAUCCCAUUCGACUCGACAUGGAUGAUCUUACCAAGCCCUCUGACUUAUAGCAGGCUUUAUGGCAAUCUGGUUCGCCUUGAGCCAGCACAUGCACGAAACUCUACGUCGCUGUUGAGAGCUAUGGAGGACCCUGAUACUCCAACAGUUGGGGAAGAGGGGGUGAUGUCUGAGUCUGACCAUGGGCAGAAUGUGGACACAGAGGAUUCCACAAGCACCAUCGACGAAGAAGAGGCAUCUGCAACCUCGCAAGUUGCGGACGCAGAGACCAUGGAGAGCUUGCGAUUGCAAGUGAAACAAUUGGAGGAGGCCUUGACAGUUGCGGAAGCCAACUUUGAGCAUCGCGUGCACUGGGCGGACACCAAAAACCGGCAAUUCGUCAGUGAGUUGGCAGCGGUGAGGCAGGAAUUGGCUAAGGAGAAGCAGAUCACUGAGGAAAAGGAGCGCGUGGUUGUUCAGUUGCAGAUGGAACUGACUACAAGAGAUGAGCAACUUCGAACAACCCAAGACUUAAACCUCAGUGUUCGGGUCGAAACACUUGAAGCCGAGAAGCGGGAUCUAGUCAUGAUCGUAUCGAAGCGGCAGCAAGAAAUCGAUCGGUUAACCGAGCAGUCAGAAGGAUUGCAAGAACAGACCCAAGCCCUACGGCUAGAAUUGCGUGCGGCAAACAAUAGGAUUACGGAAUUAGAGAGUGAAACAAUGAAGGAUAAACUACUUCUCUCUGGGAAGGACCAGGAAAUCACUCAAGCACGCAAGACAAGUGAAUGGCUAAAUGCCGAACUCAAACAGAAAUCGGAAGAAUUCCUUAGUUAUCGACUGGAAAAGACCGCUCAAAUUUCUGAGGCGCAAUCACAAUUGGACAAUGCAAUUGAAGAGAAAAGUAGUUUAGAGAGCAAGAAUCGUGUAUUGCAACAACGGGCUGAAGGUUUAGAGCAGAAGGUGCAAGAACUGCUGCAAAAGCUCAAUGAGAGCGAAACUCGGCUUGUAAUGAAUGAGCAGCAAUUCAAAAAAGAGAUGGAUGCACAGAAACGGCUGAAUGAGCUCUACGAAAACAAUAUUAAAGAGGGACAAAGCCACAUGCAAGAGAUGCAGAAGACUCUGACUGAAGCCCAGGAGGACUGGGAGACUACUAAAGACGAGUUGGAAGAAAAGAUUCGUCAAUUAGAAGGAGAGAGCAGUCAUUGGAGGGAGCAGUUCGACAGAUUGUAUGAGGAGACCGAUAGACUCCGCCACCAAGCGAAGGAAGCGGAUGAUACGCGCACGUCAACAGACGAGCAGGCAAAUUUUGGAAGGUCCUCGCAAGGCUCAAGGCUAAUGCUGCGAGGCAUGACCUACACAACACUGUAUGCCUCAUACGAAGAGGAGAAACAGCAGCGCCUUGAGAUUGAACGCGAGCUGGAGAUCACUCGAGAACGCUUUGCUGAAGCAUAUGAACGCCUUGAGCACCUUAGCCCUUAUGUACAAGAUCUUGAAAAGGAAUCACGACAGCUGCAAGUGCGAUACGACAAGCUCUUCACUGAUUUGAGCCGCGCAUUGGAAGACAAGAAAACUGCCGUCGCGAGAUGUGUCCAAGCGGAAGCCGAGAGGGCGAAACAAGCGGAGGAGCUCAAGAUGAUGGAGCAGGACGUCCGCGAUCUUUCACGUCAAGUGCGCAUCUUCUGUAUCCAACUCCAGCAAACGAAAUCCGGAACCUGGGAAGAUACCGAGCGAUAUCUGCAAGAGCUUACUGCUCGCUUUGGAGCAGGGGAAGAAGUAGAUGAGGCCCCUACAGAUGCAUUGAUCAGCCAACGUUUGGUGGAGGUGACGAGUCUGGAGGGCCUUGUUCAGCAAAACGUGGAUUUGCGCAGACUUGCUCGAAGCUUGGCACGACAAUUCGAGGAAUGCCAGCAGAAGCUUGAGCAGCAAAGGUCAGAAUUCGUGACUACGGAAAUUGAACAAGCCCGUACCAGAAUCCAGGAACUUGAGGAGAAUGCGGAAAAAAUGGCGCGUCAGCUUCGAUACGUUGUAAAACAGCGCAACGACCUCCGUGCUGUGUUGGAAGGAAAGGCCAACGGAAUCCAAGUGUCACCCGCUAAGAGCUCUGCGGGGCGACCAGAAACGCCGCUCGGGAAUUCAAGAUCUGAUGGGAUGUUAGCUGAAUCGGAGUAUGAAAGAUUAUACAGAGAACUGCAGCGCGAUCACGAUAACUUGAUAAAGGAGAGUGGAACAAGUACAAAGGAGUUAUCUAAUCAGGUGGAUAAAUUGCGACAGGAAAGAUCAGACUUGGCGAUUCAAGUUGCGAAGUUGAAUCAUCAGAUAAACUUCCAAAAUGAAAGAUAUCAGCUCCUUGCUACCAAUGCAGACAUGCAGUCACGUGAGAUUUCACAGCUGCGGGAGCGACUCGCGAACAUGGCAAAUGCAGCGACGCAGCAGGAUGCUAAAACCCAGGAGUUGACAAACGGUUUGAUGAGCGAAAGACUUCGAGCGGAGCAAUUAUCAAGUCAGAUACAACAAUUGAAGAUUGAGCGAGAGGUCUGGGAAGCCAGCAAGGAUCGGGCGGUGCGAGAAAGCCAAGAUCUACUUACUGAGCGGAACCUGGCAAAUGAGCGAGCGAGAGCGGUGCAAAGACAACUGGAGGAUCGUGAGGAUAACUGGAGGACGGAGAGAAAGCGGUUAGAGGAUAAGUUGGACGCAGCCGAAAGGGAAUUGGCGCUAGUGCGCAAGCAACUUCAAGAUGCAUCGGAAGAGAAUCGCGCAAUUCUUGCCAGAAAGGACACAGAAGUCAGGGGAACCCAAUCCAAGGUGGAGCGAUUGACUGCUGAAUGUGAAAAAGUCAAGGGGGAGUUGAUGCUUUCAAGAAAUAAAGAAGAGAACCUUGCGCAACGACUAGCGGAGAUCACGGACCGUCUAACUCUAGCUGAAGCGAAACUAUUAAGCUACGAGGGCCGCGAAGGUGGUGAGAGUACGCCCGAAACGGCAGAGAAACGUGUCAGAGAUUUGGAGAAAGAGCUCGCUGAUGCUCGACGGCAGAUCAUGCGCUUGCAAGAGGAUGUGCAAAUGUCAAAAGAACGGGAGGCGAACCUCAAGGAACUAGCGAAUGCUUCUGAACAACAGCUAUUAGAGUUCAAUGAGACGUAUGACACAUACAAAGCAGCGAAAGAGAAGGAGAUCGGAGAGCUGGAGGAGCGUUUGAGGGACGUGGACAAUGCACGGAAUGAAAUCCUUGAGCAGAUGAAAAACACUGAUCGGGAGCUUAUCGAAUCUCGAGAGAAAACUGAAGCCCAGCGCCACGAAUUUGAACAGAGAAUCCGCACAUUGGAAGCACAAAUUGAAACAAUAAAGAAGACCGAAGAAGCAGCCAUCAAAUCGCAAGAAGAAAUGCAAGAGGAUGUGAAACGUCACGCACGUAUCGCUCAGCAGGCGAAGGAAAGUUAUGAGCGGGAAGUGGUCGCACACUCCAGCGCACUACAGGCUGUCCAGCAGCUGAAAGCUCAAUUUGAGAAAGUGAAAGCGGACUUGGGAGAGGCUCAACAGCGUUCCACGUUGGCUGAGUCCGAACUACAGACAGCCAGUAAAUCUUGGGACGACACAAAGAAGCAACUGGAGGAGCAGAUUGAAGAAGCUCGUCGCCGAAUGGAAGAUCUACAAGCGCAAAAUGAACUACUACAUUCUCAAUUCGAGCGAAUGCAGGAAGGUCAAAAGGUGUCCGAUUCGGUCAUGGAAGGCGGUCAAGGACAGACGGACGAUGCCGAACGAAUAAUUCGCGAGCUACGCGAGUUGGUAAAAUACGCGCGGAAUGAAAGGGAUAUCUUGCGGACAAAACUCGAUAUCGCCACAUCUGAAAACAACCGGUUUAAGAUGGAGCUACAGCAUCUGCAGAGUACACUCGACGAAACACGAGCUCGGUUGGACGAGGAGCGCCGGAGGAGUCAAGAUGCAUUACAAGACGAUAGACGACACAAGGAGCUAAUGGAUAAGAUUGAACAAGCGAAUCUGCUGCGGGAAUCGAACGUUACAUUGCGCGAUCAAGUGGAACAGAGUGCAAAGAAAGUCAAGGAUCUAGAGGAGAAGUUAAAGGAGAGCGUGAAGGAGCUUGAGCCCCUGCGGGAACAAGUUGUUACAUUACAGGCCGAAGUGGAAGUACGGAAAGAUGAGAAUGCUUCCCUGACGGAGGACAACAAGCGCUGGAAGGACCGCGUUGAUCAGAUUCUACGCAAAUACCAACGUAUCGACCCUCAUGACUACGACACAUUGAAGCAAGAUGUGGAGAAGCUCACAAAAGAGAAGGAUGAGUUAACGGAGACGAAGAACCAGUGUGAAACGCAAAAGGAGCAGUUCGCUGCCAAGGUGAAAGAGCUGGAGGACAAGAACAAGCGCUUCCUGGAAAUUGCGCGCAAGCAAAAGGAGGCCCUUGACGUUCGUAGCAAGCAGCUUUUGGAAAUGACGACUAAGCUAAAUGAAUGGUCUGGGAAGGAGGCACAGAUGGCAGAGAAGGACAAGGAGAUUGCGUCUUUGAAGGAGCAAUUAGCGAAUCCUGAGAAGAAUGAACAAUUCUUGGCUAUGAAGGCGGAAAUGGAUAAGAGGCGUUCUGAUAUUAUCCAACAGGCAAACUCUACUCUUGCCAAGUUCAAGGAGAGGAACAACAGUUUGAAGGACGAGUUGAAGACCGUGAAGCAAGAAAAUGCUACUUUGCAGCAGCAAUUAACGGUUCUACAACAGGAGGUGGCCCAGCUAAAGGACAGUAGCUUGACGAAGAAUGACGCUGUUCCUGAACGCGUUCAACAGCUUGAGCAGCAAUUAGCUCAGAUUCAAUCCGAGAGCGAUCGACGCGUGGCGGCAGCUUUGGACGAAUGGAAAAGCAAGAAUACUGGAGAGAUGGAAGCCUUGAAGUUGAGAAAACAGUUACUAGAGAGCCAACUUGCAUCGGAAAAGAGGCGGGUCGGCACAUUGAACGAGAAGAUUAAGGGCCUAGAGGAAGGCUUGGCAAGCGCCACCGCAGGCACUGCGCCUCCCCAAGUUCUUGAAGGAAAUCAAAUAGGAGGCAAGAGGCAGAGGGAGGAAGAGGACGAGAAUGUCGUGGAGCCACAAACGCAAGGGGAGGAAGGGGUCGUAGCACCAGCUCUCGUUGAGGCGGGCACGCCGCUUGUGAAGGAGCCAAUCGGUAGUAGCGGAGAUGAUAUUCCGGCAGCAAAGAAGGCCCGAGUUGAGGUUAUUGAGACGCAAUCAAUAGAAGCAGCUGUCAUCCCGGAAGUAACAAGCGAGCCGGUGGAGAUGGGGACGGCAUCCGCUAUGACUGGGGAGGCGCUAAAACAGGAAAUGAUCGCUACUACUGAGGAAGUAUUAGAUACCGCAAUGAGUCCUGACAACAGCGUACAGGAUCUUACCCCAGAAAGCCGUCCCAAUGUGGAGAUAACUCCACCCGUCACAGUUUCGAUCAUCAAGGAAGCAAUUCCACCAGAGGCUGCGGAAGCCAUUACACAUCUCCCGGGCGCGUCAACACCAGCACAGACAUCCAUAGUGGAGGAGAUUGUCACGGAGGAGACCGGAGCAGAAAUUGCCGUCGAAACAAAGUUGAACGUAGCUGUUGACGACGCUGAAGAGAUACUGGAGGAUGUAACGACGGAGGAAGCUGGAAAUUUGAUAGUUGGUGACGAAGAGGGAGAGAUUCAGGAAGGUGUGAAUGUGGAAGAACCGGAAGGUGAAGAAGUAUUACACGAGGAAGAGGAGAUGACCGGUGUCACCGAAGGUGAGGUGAUAGAAACGGAAGGUCCUCAGGUAGAGGACGUCACCGAUGAGAUAGCGGCUGCAGGAACUGAAGAAAUUGAGCAGGCGACUGGGAUUGUUGAAGAAGAACCCGAAGUGGUACCUUCGGUAACUACUGGAGAGCGCGAAGAGCCCAAUAAUGGGGACGCAACGAUAACUGCAGAGACACAGUCUCCUUCGAUAUCUGAUUCGGGUUUGGUGGAAUCGACCGGAACUGUCACCCCCGUGGAAUUGCCUACGACGGUGGAGACUGUCCCAGUGCCAACGACCUCGAUCCCAGCAACUGAAUUAAAUGUUGCUGCGCCAGAAUUUAUCCCCGCUCAACCGCCUCCAGCCGCAGGAACUGUGACAGCCACCAUAACAACCGCAGCCAGCACCAGUAUACCAAACCCGGAAGAUCCAGCUUACAGGAUGGCGCUCCUCAAGAGGAAGCUGCAGGCUGCGCAGAUGGAAGUUGCGGCCGCAGCUAUAGCGACGUCUACUAGUAGUGUCGCUCCCAGAUCUGGCUCUGCGCAACCAAUUGAAGGCGGACCAAGAAAACUUCUCCGAACCACACCAGCAGUGGGACUUGUAACCGAAACCCCGACGAGCACCCCUGGUACAAAUGGUCAGGAUGUCAAUGCCGCAACAGAGACUCCAACAACCCCAACAAGAGGUCGCGGCCGAGGGGUUCGUCGAGCCGCUAGAUUUAGGGGCGGGUCACCAGCUACUGGAGCAAGGGGACGGGGUGUAAGAGGCAGGGGUGCAAAAGCUAAAGAACAAAAGUGAACUCGGCAAGGUUGUCAUAUUGUACGUGUAUAUUGCUUUUUGGAAAUUGUAGAUCUUUGGAUUAAGGAGGUUGACAUGUAUAAUGAAAUGGCAGUUCAUAUAUGCACUCA